CUUGGGACGGCCCCAUGCCGCGACACUUGCUGUUCACAAGCAUCCUCUGAAGGUUCCACAUCAACCUAGAAAUUGAUCCUCACCCAUGGCGUCAAAAAGGCAUAGCAUGGAGAGGCUACCGGCAGCAUUUAAGAGGGCUGUAUUUAGAGGCUACGAGCCUGUUCUUCCGUGCUCUUGCUGGUCAAUCGGCCGGUUGCAGGCUUCCCACGGUGCGACUGAUCUGCAGGCUGCUUCCGCCUUCAAGCACCGGCAACCAUGAUGCUGUGGAUACGCAGCCUGCAAAGGCUUCUGCCAGGGCUUCUACUUGUAGCUUUGGUACCCUCUGUUCUGUGCUCAGGGUCAGAUCUGACGGGAACCCCUUCCAUCCGAGUGGACUUGCGAGCGCCAUGGUCCGCACCCCCGCCACUGCUGGAAAUCCUCGAAGCUGUCAAUUCGCUCGACUCGACCGCCUUCUUUGAUGCGGUCACGCAGCUCACUGUCUCGGGCAUUGCACAGAAUACCAGUGCCAAGAAAGCUUCGUACAAAGAAAUCUACGAAACGUCGCUCGAGGUCCUACAAAAGCAGGGCAUCUUCAAGGCUCCCGGGGCUCGGGAGAUCCUGGACCUCUCUUUGGCUCUACAUAGCGAGUCCCCGCAAGUCGAGGCUUUUUGGCACCUGUAUCGAACCACAGGUGUUGAAAAGCUUUACCGUGAGCAAGUAGUCGGAGAAGAAGCGCAACAGGCAUGUAGAAGCUGGGCGCUCGUCCAGGGAAAGGUCAUCUGCAGUGCACCAGCAUUGGAUGAGGCGUUGGCAGCAGGCAGCCCCACCAAUCAGGAAGGCAUGAUCGAAGUACCCUUCGACCACAGCUUGUCUCCAACUUCAGCAUCAUCGCUUGUGCCAAUGCCGACAGUCGUUCUAUAUGCUGACCUGUCUUCACCAAAUUUCGCCGAGCUGCACGGAAGCUUGUACCGUCACGCCGUCGGCAAGUCGUCUCUACCCCUACGUUACAUCUUACGUUGGCGACCGAGCGAAGAGGAUCAGCGGGAGACGGUGUACCUUUCCGGAUAUGGCGCCGCUUUGGAUCUCAAGAAGGUCGACUAUCUGGUAAUUGACGAUCGAAAGCUCCGGGAUGAUGCGAAUGUGACUGUAACUGGGGCUGCUGCUGCGGCGGCUGCUGCAGACACAGUGGCGUCCUAUGAACAACUAAGCGCUGAAAGCGCUCUCUCAGAUCGCCGAUGGCUACAGGCGCAGAUAGGCGGCAAGAAGGGAAGCACAGGUGCUGAAGACAUCGGAGCCAAAAUUUCAGAGGAGAACACGUUGAAGCUUGGAUACAAAGCUGCACAAGUAAUUGCGGCAUCAUCGGACCCCUUGCGUGCACUGCGUGAGCUGUCGCAGAAUUUUCCUUUUCAUGCUAAGCAGCUGUCUGGAGUCAAGCUCAAGAAGAACUUCUUGGAUGAAAUCACUCACAACCAAGAUGUUCGUGUGGAGGCGGGCUCGAACGACGUCUGGCUCAACGGCAAGUCGAUCCCGCACAAGGACGUCACCCCCCUUGGGUUUCUCAAGAAAAUGAGGAGCGAGUCGAUCCUUGUCCAUUCUCUCACCGAUCGGUCGCGCGGCGUUGGGCUCAGCCCGAAGGCAGCUGUUGACCUCUUAUCCAACUCGACGCUCGGGAAAGCUUUUAUUGGAAGUGCGUCAGAGCCAAUCGCUGUUGACGCCAGCGAUCGCAUCGAGCGUGGCUUGCGCAUGCUCUCUGGCGCUCUUGUGAACGGUGCAAGUACCUCAAAGCCAAGUGCAAUCACCUGGUGGAACGACCUGGAGAAGGAUGACGUCUUUGCACAUUGGCCGAGGGAUUUCAAGACGCUCCUGCAACCUCUGUGGCCUGGGCAAUUCCCGCAGAUAGCGCGCAAUGUUUUCCAUGUCGUUCUUGCACUCGAUUUGUCCCGCAAAGAGAGCUGCCGCUUCCUUGCCGAAAGCGUCUUUCCUGCAUCGACGCGAAUUGGACUCCGCUGGGGUCUUGUGCCUAUUUGGGGCAGUGGAGAUGGCCAGACAAUCGCGCUCACACGCAUGUUCUACCACAUCUUCGAUUCUCUGGGUCCGGACGGUUCUGCACGGUAUCUCCGUCGUGUGGGUCUAUCCGGAGUUCCAGAAUCCACAACAAUCAACCUCGAAGAAGCAAAGAAGGAGUUUGCAGCGGCCCUUGGCACUGUCGCGUCUCAAAAUGAGAUUCAGGAGAUCCUGAAAAGGAUCGACCCGAGUGACUCGGACUUCAUGCAAGACCGUUUAAACACUGCUGUCUCUUACGCACAGAGGGUUGGAGCCAAAUUGAGCAAGGGGAGGCUGGGACACGCCUUUGUCAACGGUUACCAUGUUCCCUUCGACAAUGGGAUCAGCCAGAGUAUCGGCCAGCAGGUCCAAGCGCAGCUUCAAGCGUUGGCCCCUCUGAUCUACUAUAACACCUUGAGCACAGACGCCGACCUUAGCAACCACUUUUACGAUCAGGAGGAUACGCUCACCUAUCGAUCCCCGCUGCUUAGCGCAGAUGGCGCUUCUAAUCUUACGACGAGGAUGAUCAAUUUGGCCACACUUGAGCCGGAACUUUUGAAUGAAGGCCCAUUGUCGCGAUACUUUGCUGCGAGACCAGACUCAGUCAAUGUUACGAUGUACAUCGCAGGCGACUUUGACUCUGCAGGAGGUCAGGAGAUGCUCGCUGCUAGUCUCGGCGCUCUUGAAGCUGGAAGUUUCCGAUUGGGGCUUCUUCACCAACCGUCUUCUGCGCAGGGCAAUCGGACGGUAUCGACGGCGCUCUACACCCUCCUCAACAGUCACGAAGGCACAAAGCUACAGCCUUCGUCGAUUCUCUCUGUUCUACCCGCCAGGCCUGAGCUCACACCAGGUGAAGUCAGCGAGGAGAAUGUGGCGAAGGUUCAUGCGUUGUUAGCAGCAGAAGACUCGGACGCCGCUAAGCGAGCACACGAUUGGUGGGGCCGGGCUAGCCCCAUGCUCGAGGCGUUAGGUUGCGGCGCCAAGAGCAUCUGUCUGGUAGCGAACGGACGCGUCCUUUCAGGCUUCCGGGCGGCUGAUGUCAUUCCAGCUGACAUCCAGGCAGUUGCUCAACUUGAAGGAAGCAAGCGUGCGAGAAAGGUCCAAGCCAGCCUCAUUGAGCUCGCUGGGCGUCCAUCUGGAGCAAGCCAAGACAGCCAUCGCGUUGCACUUGCCGCCUCAGCUCUCGCCGCAGACUACGCUCCUGACGAGGCAGCAGAAGGCUUGUUCCGCACACCGCCUGCUCUGCGGCUCUCCGCAUUUGACCGUAUCGAUAUCAUGCAUAGUGGCUUCGAGAUCGGUAACCGCGAUAAGGCAUCGUUCCGGUACACUGCGAUUAUCGAUCCGCUGACCGAGACUGCGCAGCGCUGGUCGUCAAUUUUGGAGAUGGCGAGUCAAUGGCCUAACACAUACAUCAAGGUCAUUCUGAACCCUACGCCGAAGCUACGAGAAGUUCCCCUGCGACAAUUCUACCGAUACAGAGCUCCCGGAAAAGUCACGUUCGAAGAGGACGGAUCAAUUCGUCGAGACUCAAUUCUUUUCACAGGUAUGCCUGAAGAUGCGGUCCUCACACUGGGCUUGGACACGCCGUCUGUUUGGCUCGCUAUGGCAGAGGAUGCUGUCUACGACUUGGACAAUAUUAGACUCAGCAGCUUACCCAGUGCAUCCCGCUCCUCUGGCGUGAGCGCGACGUACGAGCUGAAGCGGAUCCUCAUUGAAGGUCAUGCUCGAGAUGGCCAACUCAACUCGAUUCCGCGCGGCCUGCAGCUGUUGCUGGACACAGCCGACGGUCAAGAGCGACUGGAUACGAUUGUGAUGGAGAAUUUGGCCUACUUCCAAUUCCGCGCCAAACCCGGUCUGUGGCAUCUAAAGCUGCGAGAAGGCAAGAGCAAUGGCCUUUACGAGAUGCUGAGCGUAGGCAAUUUGGGAUGGAAUAGUCCGAACGUCAAUGUCACGGGAAAUGUUGUGACGUUGGCUUCUCUCGAGGGAUUGACGAUCUACCCACAAGUACGCAAGCGUCCCGGCAUGGAGGAUGAGCAGCUGUUGGAAGAUAUUGACAAGGGGCCGGAGGCUCAAGACAGAGCUGGCAGCAGAGUUGCCGAUGCUGCAAAAUCCCUCCUCGGCUCCGUUUUCAGCAAGAUUGCCUCUAGCACACCAUCAUUGACCAAACCACAGUCGCCGCACGCCGACAUCAACAUCUUCACAGUCGCAAGCGGUCAUCUGUACGAGCGAAUGACAUACAUUAUGAUCCUGUCCGUCCUGCGUAACACACAACACUCUGUCAAGUUUUGGUUCAUCGAGAACUUCCUCUCGCCGUCCUUCAAAGAGUUCAUCCCACACCUUGCAAAAGAGUACGGCUUCGCCUACGAGCUCAUCUCGUAUGCUUGGCCGCAUUGGCUGCGGUCUCAGAAGGAAAAGCAGCGUGUUAUCUGGGGCAACAAGAUUCUCUUCCUGGACGUGCUCUUCCCACUCGACCUCGACAAGGUCAUAUUUGUCGAUGCGGACCAGAUCGUACGCACAGAUAUGAUUGACCUCGUCAACGUCAAUCUUGAGGGAGCGCCGUACGGCUACCCUCCCAUGGGAGACGACAGCGAGGAUAUGGAAGGCUUCCGAUUCUGGAAGCAGGGCUACUGGAAGCAAUUCCUGCGCGGGCGGCCGUACCAUAUUUCGGCUCUGUAUGUUGUGGAUCUUGUGCGGUUUCGGCAAAUCGCCGCAGGCGACCGCUUGCGUGGACAGUAUCAAGCACUGUCCGCCGAUCCCAACUCGCUCGCCAAUCUCGAUCAAGACCUGCCCAACAAUUUGCAAUUUUCGCUGCCGAUUCACACACUCGACAAAGAGUGGCUCUGGUGCGAGACAUGGUGCAGCUAUGAGUGGCUGGACCGCGCCAAGACGAUCGAUCUGUGCUCGAACCCCAAGACCAAGGAGCCUAAGCUGGAUCGUGCUCGGAGACAGAUUCCCGAGUGGACUAAGUAUGACGACGAGAUCAGCGCCUUUGCAGCGCGCUUGAGUGACGAGAAGCGAAUCGGGACGAACGUAGUGUCGUCAAAAGAAAGCGAGCAGGUUCCAUCGGCUGUACAAGAGGGUGGUGCGUCAGCGUUGAUUCUUCAGGGUGGCGACGAGCCGGCGCAAAAUCAAGAUGCGUUACAUGUAGACACGCUAAAACACAAGCAUGACGAGCUAUAGAGCUGCAUACUAAUCACCUCGGAAAUCGUACGCCCUUUGCUCGAUUUACGAGCUCUCUAUGGUACACCAAACGUUGUCCGUUAAUCUACACACACACCCCCCGCAAUGUGAGCUUAUUGCG